AUGGCACUGUAUGUAUGUAUAUAUUGUUCACAAACGUGUUAUAUAUUGAGUGAAAGCUUGAAAAAGAAAAAGAAGCUUCUCUCGUCUCUAGAUGAUUCAAAAGCUUCGAGAGAAAGUGAACACGGCGACAGAAUCGACGAGCAGACAGAGCGAACUGAUCGACACAACGAUGGCGAAGAUGCGAAAUCUGGAGGACGAACGGUCCGAGUUGGAAAGCAAAGUUCGCAAAUUGGAAGCCGAGUUGGCGGAUUGCGAGCUUUCGAAGGAACCUUUGCGCAGAGAGAAGCAAACGUUGGUAACGUUUUUGGACCGGUUAGGGAAAGCGAUGCAGAUGGACGAGAUCUCGGAGGAGAUGGGGCUGGAUCUUCAAACGGAAUCGCUUUUGGUACGCGCCGAGCAACUCGCCAGAUUAGAAACCGACAAACUGGUGGACAAGACCUCGGUGGUGUAUCAGCUACAACGCCGCGUGAGAACACUUAGGGAACAAUUGCAACGCAGGGAUCUUCACUUGGACCUGCUUCGUAGGAAAUUGUCGCUUCAAGAGGACAGCGUUAAGAUGAAAUCGCUUUUGCAAAGUGAAAGGGACGAGGCGAAUCUUCGAGCGAAGAAACUGUCGAAACAAAUCGAUCGCCUGCAAGCUCAACUUUUGGAGGAGAGAUCAAGGAACCGCGAGUUAAGCGCGCAAUUGACGGAAGCCGCGGAUUACAAAAUAGCUGCUUUGGAACGCAGUCGGAAGAUAGAAGAAGUUCAGAAACGAUUGGUGGAGAGCGAGAUGCUGAGGACUCGAUGCAACCGAAAGUUAACUCUGUUGAAGGAGCAAAUCAGAAGUACGACUGAGACUGCUGAACAAGAGAGAUCUAUCAGUGAUCACUCGCUGCAAUUGCUUAGGGACGAGCUGGCACAGGUCAAGCAGAAUCUUUCCGAGCUGACGAAAAGAGAGUCGCAACUGCAAAGUUUCCGUGUUUCUGUGGUGAAAUUAUUGUCGGAACCGAUCUGUACACCUGAUUACGAAAUAAUUUCGCGGCUGCAGAAAAUCGUGGCCGCGCACCGUGACUUCACCAUGCUCUCGCGCAGAUACGACGAGCCAUUGGACACGACCAGUCCUUCCAGAUGCACCAGCAUACAUACGAUGCACCAGCCGCGAUCGCCUGGAUCGCGAUGCGCCCGUUACGAAGACAGCGGGUUCGCAGAUCCGCCGGAUCUUCGCGACGUCGAGGACGAAUUCAACAAACGGCCG